AAUUAAGCUUUUUAAAGAUUUUAUUAUUACAGUUACAUGUUAAAACUAAGUUGCUGUUUAUCUUUAUAUCUUUAAGAGACCAAUGCUCCAGACAGACUGCUUUAAUUGCAUUGUUCGAUAUCUAUUACUCAGGUCUUUUCUUGUUUCGGUCAUUGAAACAUCGUGGUGUGCGCAACAUGCCAGAAGCUAAGAGAAGACACUCAAACCAGCAAUUUAAUUUUGAUAAGCCGUCUGAGUUGUUGCCAAGUGGGAGUUGAAAUUCAUGUUAAUUAGCUUGUAGUUGGCUAGAUAAAAUCGCUAAAAAUGUUAACGUCUGUCGCCUGUUCGUGCGUGCGAAACGGGAGGAAAGUCUCGGUCCCUGUAGCUAAGUUGUCCUUCUUUUCAACGGUGAAGAACUCACCGAGGAGCCUGAAUCUGACAGGGGUGCAGGAUUUGUCACGACACCGGUCAGACAGGCUCCUCUCACCGACUGCCUGGCUGCUGCCAAAUGGACUAACCUCCAGGUGUUUGUACCUGUCAGCCGCUUCCCAUGGGGGUACGGGCCCCCUGCACUCCCCUUCAGUUCCAGCCGAGAGCGACGCACCAGACCUGGAAAACUUCGGCUCCCUUUCCGCCGACAUGUCCUCCAGGAGGUCGUUCAGGAAAAACAGCCCAGACAUCCAGGAUCUGCGGUACCGAGAGGCGGACGAUGAGGAGGAAGACCCGGUGAAACUUCGCAGGAGGCCCGGGAGGACAAACACACCGUACUGGUACUUCUUGCAGUGCAAGAAGCUGAUAAAAGAGAAUAAGCUGCAGGAGGCUUUGGACAUGUUCAGCAGAGACAUGCUGCAGGGAGAGAGGCUGCAGCCGGAGGAGUGCAACUACACUGUCCUCAUAGGAGGCUGUGGUCGAGCUGGACAACUCAAGAAGGCCUUCAGACUCUACAAUGAUAUGAAGAAGCGAGGUCUUGAUGCUACAGAUGCUACCUACACUGCGCUGUUCAAUGCCUGCGCUGAGUCACCAUCCAAACAGGCUGGUCUCCAGCAAGCGUUGAAGUUGGAGCAAGAACUCCGCCGCAAGAACUACCCCCUCAGCACCAUCACAUACCACGCCCUUCUCAAGACACACGCCAUCACCAACCACCUUCAGGCCUGUAUUCACACGCUGAAGGAGAUGCUGCAGAACGGCCAUGCAGUAACCCACGAAACCUUUCACUACCUGCUGAUGGGCUGUUUGAAGGACAAAGAAACAGGAUUCAGACUGGCUUUACAGAUUUGGCGCCAGUUGCUGAGGUCAGGGAUUGUUCCAGACUCAAGGAACUAUAACCUACUCUUGCGAACUGCUAGGGAUUGUGGGAUUGGCGACCCUGCCCUGGCCACCGGCAUGCUCCUGAGGCCUGACGAGAAGUACGAAAGGGAACAUGUGUCAGAUAUAAAGCCACAGUCUGGAUGCAAGGAUGUGAUAGCCAUUGACCUUCUGGAGAGGCAGUUGUUUGUCCAACCUGAUCCACAAAGAGACAGUCAGCAGCACACCAGACACAGUGAGGAGGAGUCCUACAGCAGACAAGACUCAACCCAUUUGGUACCAGUCAGACAGACUGUCUCGCUGCCUGUCGACUACAGUGAUUCCUCAGCCCCUAACAUACUGGACCUUUUUGAGGGUCAGAGGGGUGGUGUGGUCUCACUCGGAACUGUGGAUGGAGCAUCAGAUAGGCUCGCCCUCAUCGGAGGAGCUAAAGGUUUUCUGGAGAAGAUGGCCGCUAACAGACUCACUCCAGACAUCAGAACUCUGACCCUGCUGGCCGACACGAUGGAGCCGAGCUAUCAGUCUCUGCAGAUGCUGCUGAAGGUCGCAAAGCAGCAUAAAGUGAAGCUCGACGUCGCAUUCUUUAACUCUGUGAUUCGCAGAUCAGCCAGAGCUGGUGACCUGGAGGGGGCAAAGGCUGUGUUGAGUGUGAUGCGACAGCGUAAUGUAAACAUGGAUGUACAGACUUUCGGAAGCCUCGCAUUGGGCUGUGAGCAACAGAAAGACGGCCUGCAGCUGCUGAAGGACAUGGAGGAGGCGGGACUUAAGCCCAACGUCCAGGUGUUCUCUGCUCUAAUUGGCCGAGCAACUCGAAGACUGGAUUACGUGUACCUUAAAACAUUGCUCAAAAGCAUGAGCAGCAUGGGAGUGUGGCCUAAUGAGGUCAUCAUCAGACAGCUGGAGUUUGCUUCACAAUAUCCUCCCAACUAUGACCAGUACAAGUCCAGAAACAACUACCUGGUCCAAAUUGAUGGGUUCCGUGGUUACUACCAGCAGUGGCUGAGAGACAUGCCUGCUCAGAGCGCUGAGGACGAGCAGGCGGAGCAGCAGGUGGGAACGGACACUGCAGGGCUGAAAACAGAAGCUGAAGAUGGUCUGACAGAAACCCAAAGAAACCAGAGAGCAGCAGCAAGGAGAUAUAAUUCUCGUAAAAAUAACAAGAUGAGCAGCGCUGCUCUGUAACAGCACUCCUGAAAACAUUUCUGAUUUCUUUCUUUGAUCCUCUGUUUGUUUGUUUGCAUUCAGCUGUGUAACUCUGGAUGGACUAUGGUUCAAAGUAUUAGCUCAUGGACCUUUUUGUCAGUUAAUUUAUUGCAAAAGCAUGUUUUCUCUAAACAUCAAUGUUAUUGUAAUUGACUGUAUAUUGCAAUUAAAAUAAAAUUUAAGCUUAUGUUUUAUUUUAAAA